GACUGUAGCCUCGGAUGGCUGACGUGUCUUUCCAUGGGGUGUUUUACCUACCACGAGCACCGAUAUGACCUCGACUAUAGACAACCCUCGCGCAACAGACAUCAGCCACAACAAUGCACAAUCGUACGCAAGGUGGAGGGUUUGCUCGACUAGGGCCGACACAUGCCCUUCGAACGUUGCUGCCUCGCGUAGCUAUCUCUUCGCCGACUGCGCGCCUCCUCCAUUCGUUUCCACGUGAAUGGACAAGGCGCUCCUAUUUCAAAUGUCCACGUACCCCAAGGUCUUGGCGACCGUGUUUCAUAGACCACGACUGCGCCGCUUUGUUGGUGGUGCGAUGGCCCGGAAUGCAUCGGAUCGAGACUUCGUCCAUGCGUGUCAGGGCCAACACGUGCGGGCGGUGUAGCUGCCGUCGACGCGUGCAUGUGGUUGGACCUCCUGCCAUUCCAUUUGUCGAGCGAAGUUGUGGCAAGUGAGUCGGCGCGUCGUGCAUUACAACAUGCGCACAUUGGCGCAGUCAACCGUGCAUCCCGCGCAUUGUCGUGGGCAAAAUGGCACGGCUAUUAUAAGCAC